GGCGCGGGGCAUUGUGGGAGCUCGUCGCUAGCCCGUCGAGCCGUUCCCCGUUUGGCCCCGCGGGCGGAGCGGAGGCAGCGGGGCCGCCGCCGGCCGACAGACGGACAGACCGAUAGACAGACAGGCGUAUUGCCGCCGGGAGACAGACCGACGUGUUGCCGCCAGGCAGGCCGCGCUAGUGCUGUUCCAGACCCAGUACAGACAAAAUGUCCAGCAGGGGUGGAAAGAAGAAGUCAACCAAGACUUCCCGUUCCGCAAAGGCUGGGGUCAUAUUCCCUGUUGGAAGAAUGCUACGUUACAUUAAGAAAGGCCACCCGAAGUACAGAAUUGGUGUUGGUGCUCCAGUGUACAUGGCUGCUGUACUGGAAUAUCUGACUGCGGAAAUUCUUGAAUUGGCUGGAAAUGCAGCAAGGGACAACAAGAAGGGUCGAGUCACUCCUAGACACAUCCUGUUGGCUGUAGCAAAUGAUGAAGAAUUAAAUCAGCUAUUGAAAGGAGUCACCAUAGCCAGUGGUGGAGUGUUACCCAAUAUUCACCCAGAGCUGUUGGCAAAGAAGCGGGGAUCAAAAGGAAAACUGGAAGCCAUCAUCACUCCACCUCCAGCAAAGAAGGCAAAGUCUCCAUCACAGAAAAAAACUGUAUCAAAGAAAACAGGUGGCAAGAAAGGGGCAAGGAAAUCCAAGAAGAAGCAGGGAGAAGUGAGCAAAUCGGCCAGUGCUGACAGUACAACAGAGGGAACUCCUGCAGAUGGUUUCACAGUCCUGUCCACCAAAAGUCUGUUUCUUGGCCAGAAGCUGAACCUUAUUCACAGUGAAAUCAGUAAUUUAGCCGGCUUCGAGGUGGAGGCCAUUAUCAAUCCUACCAAUGCUGACAUUGACCUUAAAGAUGACCUAGGGAGCACUUUGGAAAAGAAAGGCGGCAAGGAGUUUGUGGAAGCUGUCAUUGAGCUUCGCAAAAAGAACGGGCCGUUGGACAUAGCUGGAGCUGUUGUCAGUGCUGGCCACGGAUUGCCUGCGAAAUUUGUGAUCCACUGUAAUAGCCCCGGUUGGGGCUCAGACAAAUGUGAGGAGCUGCUGGAAAAGACGGUGAAGAACUGCUUGGCUCUGGCUGAUGAAAAGAAGCUGAAAUCAAUUGCGUUUCCUUCAAUUGGCAGUGGCAGAAACGGCUUCCCAAAGCAAACGGCUGCUCAGCUGAUCCUGAAAGCCAUCUCCAGCUAUUUUGUGUCAACAAUGUCCUCUUCAAUCAAGACGGUGUACUUCGUGCUCUUUGACAGCGAGAGUAUAGGGAUAUACGUGCAGGAAAUGGCCAAACUAGAUGCCAACUAAGCCUAGAAAGCUACAGUACCAGCCCCCUCUUCUACCCAUCGUCCUCCCCAAAUCCUUAACUCAUUGUGAAGCAGAGCAUCCCUUAUUUUAAAUUUUGCUCAUUAGGGGAAUAAAGGUGGAUUUUUUGUUGUUUUGUUUUGUUUUAUUUUGUUCUGGGGUUUUUUUUUGUUUGUUUUGUUUUUACUUUCUAAAAUGUUUUAUGUUGGCACUGAUAGUUGGCAUUACUGCUGUUAAUGCACUGUAUACCAGGCAUCGUCUGAACUUAGUGUAAUCUAGGAGAUUUUAUAGUUUUAUUUUAAUGAAGUAUGGAUUGAAGCAGAAAGCUGUUAGAAGUAUGUAGUCUUUUACUUGUGAAAGAAACAGGCCGACCCUAUUUUGUAACUGUGUUGUGGUGCUUUAUCAAUACAUCGAGUGGUGUUCCUUUCAUUUUUUAAAAGAACAGAUGCUAUAAACCUAAUUUGUGUUUGUUUAUUGUCUUAAUGAUAAAUCUGGAAGAAAAAAUACAGAAACCCUGUUGUCCUUAAUUAUAUUUACAAUUUUGAAAUUGUGUGAAUUGAUUUAGUAAAAUGUUUGAACUGUU